ACUAGCUUGUCUUUCGGUGUGUUGUUGAAGGAAGCGUGUUCAACGUUUGCUAGUGGGCUAGUGGAGAAGCAGUCAACAGUAGAAGCAGGGAGCAUGGAUUGUUAGGCGUUUAAAAACCUAACAACAUGACAUGUAGCUAGCUAUUAAGAUAUUUCUUCACUUUUUCACAAAAUGGCUGAAACGGCGACUUCAACACAGAGAGGAUUUUUGGACUUCAGUCCAAUAAAGAGAGACGACGCUAAUAAAGAGAAUGAUGUUCCGGUUUUGAGUUUGAUCCAGUUUUCAAAGGCUCCCUUUGUCACAUUUGGAACAGUAAAGUUGGGAACGUCCAGGUCGGCUGUUCUGCGACUCGAGAACCCUACAGAGGACGCAGAAGCUGAGGUGGCUAUUGAAAAGAUUCCCUCAAGUAAAGGCUUCUCUGUGGACCACAAGACGUUCACGAUUCAGCCUGAGGGCUCUUUCAGUUUGACAGUUACUUGGACUCCAACGGAGGAAGGUGGGAUAAGAGAGCUCAUCAUCUUCAAUGCCAAUGGGGUCCUCAAGCACCAGGCUGUUCUGCUGGGGAGAGCAGAAGCACCAAAAAAGAAAAAGAAAAGCCUGUGGGACACUAUCAAAAAUAAAAGGGAUGGUGAAAAAGUAGCUGUCCCUAGGGGAAAGAAAAUGCAGCUCCCUCUGAAGAUGGCAGCCAAUAAAACUUUCCAAGUGUCCAGAAAGCCACAGUACAAACGGGAUAAGCCACGCAGCCCACUUGCUUCACUCAAUGAGGGCAAAGCUGUCAGAGAGAGGUCCCUCACAAAGCACAGUCCCAUCGAUGUUCGUUCUAAGGAAUCAGAGGAGCAGAAAGCUUCAAAUCCCAAACAGAGCAAACUGUCUCUGGCCUUGUCAGACCAGGAGAAUAUUCAUCACAUUCAGAGGAACUCUCCUGUCGUCCUACUUGUUCCGACCGCAAAGCUAAUGGACUCUGGGACUGGGAGCAUGUCUGCUAGCCCAGAUAACUCGGGGAGCAAACCUGAAAACAGAGACCUCACCAAAAUACUAAACCAGACGCUUUCACCUAUUGGAACGCCAGAGAGGUUUAAGAAACUCAUGCCUCGUAUACAGUCAGAAAGCCCAGUUCCUGCCACUGUAAAUUCUGUGUCUGAUGCUGAUGAUGCUAACAGUGAGUUAACCAGAACCCCAGUGCUGUCUCUGAAAGAUGCACUGGCCCUCAUUGACUCUGAUCUGAGUAACAUUAACACCAGUCCUCGAGACAGUUCUAGCUGUGAGUUUUCAGAUUCACUGGAAUCAAAGAGUGGGAGUCACAGCUAUGGCUCUGACAGAAACGUCCUCAAAGCAUUACCUGAUAGCCCAGGGCUGUCAGAGCCAAAUGAGCCAAGGCUGACUUUCUUUGUCACCAAAAAGGUUGUUGUGAAUGAGGUUAUUGUUGUCUCGGAGGCAGAGGCUGAUAAGGCCGAAGUGGUAAAAAAGGCCUCUUUUACCUCUGCCACAGUGACAAAGAGCAAAGCACCAGUGGAGGAAAACAGUUUGAGUGGAAGGAAAAUAAAGAAGUCAAGGCGACGGCUCUUGGAGAAAACACUUGAGCUAUCUGACAGCAGCAGUCAGUACGAGUCCAGACCAAGCACUCCAAAACUCCCUGUUAUAGAACCACACAGGACAGACACAGGAACUAAUGGAUGGCAAAACUCUGAGGUGACUGGCCAUCUGUGUGAUGACACACAUCAAGUCCUGGGGUUUACCUCCUCCAGCCCGACUCCACCGUCAUAUGGCUCAGUGAUUCCUUCUUUCACCUUCCCUGUCACCUCCCCUCCAUCUAUGGCUCCUACUCGCUUCUCUUUCUCAGUCACCUCCCCACCUCCAACAGUCCCUGCUUCCGUUGCAUUUACUGUCACCUCUCCGUCUCCCACGGCCUCGUGUUCUCCUCUACACUGCAACUUCUCACCAAACCUUAAAGUGCAUGAGCAGUGUCCAACUGUUCCUGCACCUCCAUCUGUUCAGGAAGACUCAUUUCCCAUUCACAUGGCAGUGAAGAGCAAGAAGAGGAAGAGUGAGGAAUAUCUGAAAAGUCAUGCAAAGGUAGAGGAUGCUGGGAAAACUGACAGGGUCAAAAGGAGCAAGGUGGUUGCUGUAAAAUCUGAACCCACAAGGUCCUUGCAGGAGAGGAGAAGUGCAUCACAGAGGCAACAGAGAACAGCAGGCUCAGUGCGCUCAGUGACUACCUCAUCUCUAAAGAGCACAAGAUCUGCUGUCCCUGCCCAGGCAAAGCAACCAAGCUCCAAACUCACCUCACGAGCUGCUCCGUCUGUGAAGUCAUCUGGUGCUUCGUCUGUGAGGAUGACAAAAGUUGUUGCUGUAGCACAGUCAAAGCUGACCUUUAUUAAGCCGGUGCAAACAGCCAUACCCAGGCACCCGAUGCCAUUUGCUGCCAAGAACAUGUUCUAUGACGAGAGGUGGAUUGAGAAGCAGGAGAGGGGAUUCACGUGGUGGAUCAACUAUGUCCUCACCCCAGAUGACUUUAAAGUCAACACUGAAGUUGCUAAAGUGAGUGCUGCGUCCCUUGCAAUGGGCCAUGACGACAACUUCAGUGUCCCUAAAGCUCCCACCAAAGAGGAGAUGUCUUUCAGCACUUACACGGCCCGACGGAAGCUAAACCGCCUCCGUCGUUCUGCGUGCCAGCUGUUCACAUCUGAGGCCAUGGUCAAGGCUAUUCAGAGGCUCGAACUGGAGGUGGAGGCCAAGCGGCUGCUCGUCCGAAAAGACCGCCAUCUUUGGAAGGACAUAGGUGAACGCAAAAAAGUCCUCAGCUGGCUUCUUUCAUACAAUCCGCUGUGGUUACGGAUAGGACUUGAGACGAUCUUCGGGGAGUUGAUCUCACUUGAGAGCAACAGCGAUGCCAUGGGUCUGGCUAUGUUCAUUCUCCAGCGGCUGCUCUGGAACCCAGACAUUGCUGCUGCGUUCAGACACCCCAAAGUUCCUCACCUUUACAAAGACGGCCAUGAGGAGGCGCUGUCUCGCUUUACACUGAAGAAGCUGCUCCUGCUGGUGUGUUUCCUGGAUAAGGCCAAAGAGUCCCGGCUGAUUGAGCAUGACCCCUGUCUGUUCUGCGUGGAUGCAGAGUUCAAGACGAGCAAAGACCUGCUGCUGGCCUUCUCCAGGGACUUCCUGAGCGGAGAGGGAAUCCUCCCCCGACACCUCAGCUACCUCGGGCUACCUGUCUCCCACGUUCAGAAGCCCCUGGAUGAGUUUAACUUUGCAGUGAAGAAUUUGGCAGUUGACUUGAAAUGCGGCAUUCGUCUAGUCCGUGUGAUGGAGCUCCUCAUCCAGGACUGGAGUUUGUCAGCGAAGCUCCGUCUGCCAGCCAUCAGCCGCCUACAGAAGGUCCACAACGUCGACAUCGCUCUGCAAGUGCUCAAAAGCAAGGGGGUUGACCUCAAGGAUGAACACGGCUCCACUAUUGAUUCCAGAGAUAUCGUGGAUGGACACAGAGAAAAGACACUGAGCCUCUUGUGGAAAAUCAUCUUUGUAUUUCAUGUGGAGGUGAUUUUGGAUGAGGAUCAGCUGAGAGAGGAGAUUAGCUUCCUGAAGAGAACCUUGAGGACCAAACGGAGGCUGGUGUCGCUGAGGGCCGAUCGAGGCCUCCAGCCAAGUCCUGCAAAGACCAAGGCGCCGUACGAGCACAGCAGCGCCAAGAUUACCCUGCUGAUGGACUGGGUCCGUGCUGUGUGUGACUUCUACAAUCUGAAGGUGGAGAACUUCACCGUGACGUUCUCAGAUGGCCGCAUCCUCUGCUACCUUAUCCACCACUACCACCCCAGUCUCCUGCCGGAGAAGGCCGUCAGUCACAGCACCACACAGACUGUUGAGUGCUCACCGAGGGGCCGCCUGGAGCUCAGCUGCUCAGCCAGUGACUCUGACAGCUCCUUUGACUCUUUGCCGACAGGCCUGAAUGGCCCAGAUUCUCCAUCAGUAGAAUUUAAAGAGCUCCUGGAAAAUGAGAAGAACAACUUCAGACUGGUGAACACUGCUGUGGCUUUCCUGGGCGGAGUUCCUGCCAUGAUCAACCCAGCUGACAUGUCCAACACCAUCCCCAAUGAGAAGGUUGUGAUGUCUUACCUGACCUUCUUAUGUGCUCGUCUGCUGGACCUGCGGAACGAAACCAGAGCAGCUCGGGUCAUACAGGGUGCCUGGAGGAAAUACAGACUGAAGAAAGAUCUACAGCUCUACAAGGAAAGAAACAUGGCUGCUGCAAAAAUCCAGUUAGUUGUGAGGAGUUUUCUCCAGAAGCGCAGAGCUAAGAGGCAGAAUCAAGCUGCCACUAUCAUCCAGUCAGUCUGGAGGGGUUAUGCUGCCCGCAACAGGCUGAGGCUGAAGAAAGAGGCUCAACUUCGGGCUCUGCAGCAUGAAGCAGCAACUGUCAUCCAGGCUCAGUGGAGGAUGUUUUCAACUAUGAGGGCUUACCAACGCCUCAGAUACUAUGUCAUUGUUGUUCAAGCACAAUGGCGCAUGAGGAGGGCAGCCUCUGCUUAUGGAAGAAUCUACUGGGCAGCAACAGUCCUUCAAAAGCACUCACGAGCAUGGGCUCUUGCAAGAAGAGAUCAGGAACGUUAUCUCUCCCUUAGAACUGCAGUGGUGAAAUUACAGAGAGGGUACAGACGAUGGAAAGCCCAGAAAACAGAAAAGGAAAACUGUGCUGCCAGAGUGAUACAAGCUGUGUUUAAGAAAUGGUACCAGGAAAAGAUAUCCAAAAAAACUACUGCAGCUGUAAGGAUUCAGUCUUGGUACAAAAUGCAGAGAUGUCUCCAUCAAUACAGAAAGAUUAAGAGAAGCACUGUGCUCAUUCAAGCUCUGUACAGAGGUCAUGCACAGAGGUGCUGCUUUAAGAUAUUGAAGCUACACCACCACUCAGCUGUUGUCAUCCAGAGUGCCUUCAGAGGGCAUGCUGUCAGAAAACAAGUGGAAAAGAUGAGAUGUGCCACAGUCAUAAUUCAGCGCCGGUUCAGGGCCACUGUGAAAAGAGACAUGGAGAGGCAAAAGUUUGUGGGGAUGAGGUGUGCAGCUGUUACCAUACAGGCAGCUUAUCGUGGAAAAGCGGCCCGGGAGUUGCUGAAAAAACAGCACAAGGCAGCAACGGUGAUUCAAGCAGCUUUUAGGAAGAGCAUUGCCCAGAGGCACUACCUAGUCUUGAGAAAAGCUGCAGCUGUGAUACAGCAAAAGUACAGAGCUGCAGUUUUGGCUCGUAAAACAAAGAAGGAUUUUGAGGCUCUUAGGAAUGCUGCACUCUUUAUACAAGCUAACUGGAGAGGCAGAGCUGACAGGAAGAGGAUAGAAAAGUGGCAUCAGUGUGCAACUCUGAUACAAGCUUACUACCGCCGGCACAAAGCGCAAGCAGAGUACAAGUCAAAGAAGGCAGCAGCUGUAGCCAUACAGCGUCACUACAGAGCUUAUGUGGCUGGAAAGGAGAUGAGGAAAGGAUACCUAAACAAGAGAGCAGCCUGUGUUACUCUUCAAGCUGGAUUCAGAGGCAUGAGAGUUAGGACAGAGCUCAAGAAAAAGCACAGGGCAGCGACUGUCAUUCAGGCUUCAGUUAGGAUGUUUUUAUGUAGGAAACAAUAUAUUCUCCUCCAAAGUGCAUCAAUUAUCAUUCAAAGUCGAUACAGAGCUCUUCUGCUCUGCAGAACACAGCAAAAUGAGUACAGAGCGCUAAAGCAGGCCACCAUAAUGAUACAAGCUGUCUACCGGGGAUUUAGAGUAAGAGAAGACCUAAAGAAGAGGCACAACGCUGCCAGAGCAAUCCAAGCUCAUUUCAGGAUGCACAGAAUGCGUAUGGCUUACCUUGCCACCAAGUGUGCUGCCAUUAUUAUUCAGGAACGUUACAGAGCCAAAAUGCUCAGGGAUCAACAGUCGCGGAGGUACAAAGCAAUGAAAUCUGCAGCGGUACUCAUCCAGGCAGCAUAUCGUGGGCACACAGUCAGGAGGGAGGUUGCAGAGAUGCACCGAGCUGCUACAGUCAUUCAGAGAAAGUUCCUCACAAUCCGAGAUAGAAACAGGUUUCUAGCCAUGAAGGUAGCAGCUUUGGUUUGUCAGCAGAGGUACAGAGCUGUGACACUGGCGAGAAAAGACCGUCAGGACUAUCUGUCAAAACGCAGGGCAGUCAUUUGUCUGCAGGCAGCCUACAGAGGAUAUGAGGUCAGAAAGCAUUUGCGUAUCCAGCAUACAGCAGCUGUAACAAUUCAGUCUCACUUCCGAAAGCACCAACAGAGAAUGUACUACAAGAGGCUGUGCUGGGCUGCCUGUGUACUGCAAGCACGCUACAGAGCAAAUAAAAAAAUGAGAGAGGAGAUGCAUAUCCUCAGCGCCAAGAAAAAUGCUGCUGUUGUCUUGCAAGCUGCUAUCCGUGGAAUGAAAUGCAGACAAAUUAUCAAACUAAGCCACCAUGCUGCCAGUGUUAUCCAGAGAGCGUACAGAGCCCACUGUGAACACAGGCAGUAUCUUACCUUGAAAUCCUCCAUCCUCACCAUUCAGCGGAGGUAUCGGGCCACUGUAGCAGCAAAGGAAGAAAGAAAACAAUACCAGAAAAUGCGCAACGCUGCUGUUGUCCUUCAGGCAGCGUACAGAGGAUGGCAGGUCAGAAAGGACAUUGCUCGUUGGCAUCAGGCCACCACUGUGAUUCAGUCUGUGUUCAGAAAGCACAGAGAGGAAGUCAAAUUCCAGGCCAUGCGACUCUCUGCCAUUAUCAUCCAGAGACACUACCGCUCCUGGAUUCUUCAAAGAGAAGAGAGGGAAAACUUCCUGAAAGUGAGACAUUCUGCUGUUGUUCUUCAGGCAGCUUUCAGAGGUCACUGUGUGCGAAACAACAUCGUCAAGAUGCACAGGGCAGCUACUGUCAUUCAAGCAAACUUCAGGAGGCAUCAACAGCAGUCAACCUUCAGGAGACAAUGCUGGGCAGCCUGUGUCUUACAGCAGAGGUUUAGAGCUCAGAGACAGAAAAAACUUGAGGUGAAACAUUAUCAAAACUGCAGAAAAGCAGCCAUUAUGUUACAGGCUGCAUAUCGUGGAAUGAAAUUAAGGAGGAACAUCAAACUAAACCACCACGCUGCCAGUGUCAUCCAGAGAGCGUACAGAGCCCACUGUGAACGAAGGCAGUAUCUCACCUUAAAAGCUUCUGUCCUCACCAUUCAGCGGAGGUAUCGGGCCACUGUAGCAGCCAAGGAACAAGUGCAAAAAUACCAGAAGAUGCACAGUGCUGCUGUUGUCCUUCAGGCAGCGUACAGAGGCUGGCACGUCAGGAAAGAGGUUGUUCAUUGGCAUCAGGCCGCCACUGUGAUUCAGUCUGUGUUCAGAAAGCACAGAGAGGAAGUCAAAUUCCAGGCCAUGCGACUCUCUGCCAUUAUCAUCCAGAGAUACUUCCGGGCUCGUGUUCUUCAGAGGCGAGACCGAGAAAACUUCCUGAAAGUGAGACAUUCUGCUGUUGUUCUUCAGGCAGCUUUCAGAGGUCACUGUGUGCGAAACAACAUCGUCAAGAUGCACAGGGCAGCUACUGUCAUUCAAGCAAACUUCAGGAGGCAUCAACUGCAGUCAACCUUCAGGAGACAACGCUGGGCAGCCUGUGUCUUACAGCAGAGGUUUAGAGCUCAGAGACAGAAAAAACUUGAGGUGAAACAUUAUCAAAACUGCAGAAAAGCAGCCAUUAUGUUACAGGCUGCAUAUCGUGGAAUGAAAUCGAGGCAAAUCAUCAAACAAAGCCACCACGCUGCCAGUGUCAUCCAGAGAGCGUACAGAGCCCACUGUGAACGAAGGCAGUAUCUCACCUUAAAAGCUUCUGUCCUCACCAUUCAGCGGAGGUAUCGGGCCACUGUAGCAGCAAAGGAACAAGUGCAAAAAUACCAGAAGAUGCACAGUGCUGCUGUUGUCCUUCAGGCAGCGUACAGAGGCUGGCACGUCAGGAAAGAGGUUGUUCAUUGGCAUCAGGCCGCCACUGUGAUUCAGUCUGUGUUCAGAAAGCACAGAGAGGAAGUCAAAUUCCAGGCCAUGCGACUCUCUGCCAUUAUCAUCCAGAGACACUACCGCUCCUGGAUUCUUCAAAGAGAAGAGAGGGAAAACUUCCUGAAAGUGAGACAUUCUGCUGUUGUUCUUCAGGCAGCUUUCAGAGGUCACUGUGUGCGAAACAACAUCGUCAAGAUGCACAGGGCAGCUACUGUCAUUCAAGCAAACUUCAGGAGGCAUCAACUGCAGUCAACCUUCAGGAGACAACGCUGGGCAGCCUGUGUCUUACAGCAGAGGUUUAGAGCUCAGAGACAGAAAAAACUUGAGGUGAAACAUUAUCAAGAGGUUAGAAGAGCUGUCAUUAAUCUGCAAGCUGCCUUCCGUGGAAUGAUGUCCAGAAGAAUCAUAAAGCAAAGACAUCAGGCUGUCAGUGUUAUCCAGAGAGCUUACAGAGCCCACUCUGUCCGCAAGCAGUAUCUGAAAUUGAAAUCGUCCGUCCUCGCCAUUCAGCAACAAUAUCGGGCAACAGUAGCAGGUAAAGCACAAAGAACACAAUACCUGGAAAUGCGCAGUGCAAUCAUCGUCCUUCAGGCAGCAUUUAGAGGCCAGCAGGUCAGAAAGGACAUUGCUCGGUGGCAUCAGGCUGCCACUGUGAUUCAGUCUGCGUUCAGAAAGCACAGAGAGGAGGUCAAAUUCCAGGCCAUGCGACUCUCUGCCAUUAUCAUUCAGAGGUACUAUCGCUCCCGUAUUCUUCAAAGACAAGAAAGAGAGAGGUUUCUGAAAAUGAAACAAUCUGCCAUCAUCCUUCAGGCAGCAUUUAGAGGCUGGCGUGUCAGGAGGGAAAUUAACCGACAAAUUCAAGCUGCCAUUGUGAUUCAGUCACGCUGGAGAUGCGCAGUCCAGAGGCGCAUCUUCCAAAGGAAGAGACAGGCAGCUGUGACACUUCAGCGCAGGAUCCGGGCAGUGCGGCUUGGCAGGGUGGAGAGGAACAACUACAUCCGAAUGAGGCAAGCUGCCAUCACACUUCAGACACACUGCAGAGCCUGGACUGUGAGAAGACAGGCACUAGAGGCAGCUAAGGCAGAGAGGAGGCUCCGUUUUACGUCCGCAAUCUUCCAUCAUCUGAGUGCCAUAAAGAUUCAGCGAGCUCUGAGAGUCCACUGGGCUCUGGAGUCAGCUAAAAGACAAAUCCAUUCAGUCAUCACCAUACAGCGAUGGGUGAGAGUGAGGCAGCAGAGGAGACGGUAUCUGGAGGACAGGAGGAAGGUGGUUAUUGCCCAGCGAGCAGUCAAGAGCUGGUACGCUCGUCGCCACAAAGCUGCAUCUGUCAUCCAGCAGGCCGUCCAGAAAUUCCUCCUUCUCAGGCGCCAGAAGAGGGUUCAACAGGGCAUUGUCAAAGCUCAGGCUCUGUGGAGAGGACACCGCUCCCGCCGACUGAACGACAAUCCCAAGGUGGUGAAGUUGAGGCACCGCUUACGUCAAGUCUCUGCCGACGUCCGAGAGGAGGACAAACUGUGCAACAAGACGUCCUCUGCGCUGGACCACCUCCUUCGAUACAAACACAUCUCCUUCAUUCUAGAGGCCCUGAAAAACCUGGAGACCACCACCAGGCUGUCCCCAGAGUGCUGUGAGCGGCUGGUAGAGAGCGGAGCCACCAACGUCAUCUUCACACUCAUCCGCUGCUGCAACAGAAGUGUCCCCUGCAUGGAGAUCAUCACCUUCUCCAUCCAGAUCCUCCUCAACCUCUCAAAGUACCACAAGACUGUCGAGGCGGUGUAUUCGGUGGAAAACUCUCUUGAGACAGUGCUGGACCUGCUGCAGAGAUACAGAGAGAAGGCAGGGGAUAAAGUGGCAGAAAAGGGCGGCAGCAUCUUCACCAAAGCCUGCUUUCUUCUUGCACUCCUGCUGCAAGAUAAACACCGUGCUGUGGAGGUUAUGAAGCUACCUAAGGCCUUGGAUAGGAUACGCAGUAUUUACCGCCUCACUGCUCGCAAACACAAGAUGGACGCAGAAAGAACCGUGAUGAAACAGAAAAUGAACGCGUCAAUCAACGGGAGCUUCUAUGUUCAAGCAACACCUCGUAAAUCCCGACCUGCGCCAAAGUUUGCACCAGACUGGGUUCUCAGAAAGGACAAGCUCAAAGACAUUGUGGACCCUCUCAGGGCCAUCCAAAUGGUCGCAGACACACUGUCCAUUGUGUUGUAAAUAGACAAGCUUUUAAAUCUUAUUUUAAUUCAUCAUCUCAUUUUUUUUUUAUUCUUUAGAAAAUAUUAUUUUAUGUUUUUUACCAGUACAUUUCCAUGACUUUCAUGUAUAUAUUAAAUGGAUUUCUUUCUUAAA